AUGGAAAUUUAAGACAACAAUAUUCCCAAUCUCUAAAAUGUACCCAUAGUUACUGGGCAGCCAGUGUAAUAGGAAGAACAGAUCAUCUUGACUAAGGUUAAUGCUGAUAUAGAGACGAAAAAACACGUGUGCAUUCAUUGGUGCUUAUUUUUUGUUCUGGUUACUAUUUUUGUGUUGACAUCUGUCUUUAUGCCAGACUCAACUAAAUAUGUAUAGAUGGAAUAUCCUUGCUUAUAAAAAGGCGAACCCCCUUUGGGAUAAGAAUCUUGGUUUGAAGAGAACAAAUAAUUAUUUUGCAAUCAAAGUGGGACCAACUAUACAGUUAUUAGAAAAUUGGGUUAAAAGAAUCAAUUUUUAAUAAUCUAUGGGCAAUUCAGUUUUUCUACUCCUCAAGGAUUUUAAAUCUCCUACAUCAAUUAUACAGCUACGUUAUUUGGAUUAACCUAAGAUCAACAAAAAACAGGGAAUCUAACGGAGAAUCUCAUAACAAGUAAAGAUCACUCAAUAACAUCUAAUUGUUAAACAAAUUAUGAUGAAAGUGAGGUAGAAAAUGAAGAUUUUCAAGAAAAUCAAGAAAAUAAUCGACCUAGUGGAAAUAGAUUAUUAUAAAGAGGUGGCAAUAAUCCUCCACCUCCUCCUCCUCAACAGAAUUAUUAAGGCGACUAUGAUGCUUAAAUUUGCGAUUGGAAUGUUUUGGUAUACGUUCCAAUUCUAGAUUAUCACGACUACCUCUUUGUUAUCGAUUUCAGAUAAAUUAAUAUGACAAGUUAAGCCAAAAUAGUCUUAGAAGGAGUAACUGUUGAUCCAAGUUACUCAGAUUCAGUCUUGGCAGUGAGAUAUACCUUUUUUGCAUUUUCAGUACUCACACUAGCACUUUUUGGAUACAGAAUCAAACAAUUGGCUAUGCAUAAUUGGGUCAUUGAACAAAAGUUUGUGGUAGUUUUAAGUUUUCUUUUGCCUUGGUUUAAUGACCCUCUCUAUGCGGCUACUUUAUUGGCUCCAAACAGAGUCACUGCUGUGAUCGGAGUCAUAUUCUUCAGUAAUUUCAUCUGUUGUCUCUUCCUUUAUUGGCUUGUACUCUAUCACAGAAUUGUGGUUGAGAAUGGAAGUAAAAACAGCGCUUCGCUCACUAAACCUAAGGUUUUGGUUUGUGGUCUUUUAUGGCUGUUUUUUGUGGUCUCUUAUUCAAUCUUGGUGAUUCAAUAUACCAAAGACCCCACUACUAGUUUUGAUGACUUCCAUCACAGAGCCUACAUGGCAUUUAAGGUGCUCUCAUUCUUAUUUUCGUUUGCUAUUUUUGUGUAUUUACUAAAAUACCUGAUUCAGUUUUGUAAAUGUUAUGAGACUAGACUGUGGCGAUAUAAGCUGAUUGGAUUGUUCAACAUAUUUUUUAUGAUGUGUUUGGGAUUGUUCAUUUUAUCUGGAUCUUUUGAAAUCUAUAAUCUCACUGGAACGGAAGUGCUUAUUUCCAUAAGUAUAUUAAAUUUGUACAUCUAUUAUCAAUAAUACUUGUGGAGUCCCAGCAAGAAGGGACUAGCAGAAUAGUCCCAUUCUGAUUAGAACAUGAUGGUCAGUAAUAGGGAUUAUGAAGAAUUGGAACUUGACAACAUCCACAUCAAUUAGGCCAAUGUUGUGGAUGAUAAAUUCUAGGGUGUGGAUGAAAAAUUCUAGGUGGAGGAUGACAAGGUUAUGUUGCCUGAAUGAUAAUAUAUAUAUAUAUUCAAAAUCAUUUUUUAAUAAUUAAAUCUUAAA